GGACACCGGACCGGCCUCCUUUUUAUUUCUCCGCUCGACGCCUUCCCCCCACCCACCCGCCCACACACUGACACAGACACCCUCAUCUCUCUCCCUACUAGAGGCGAGAGUAGGCGACGAACUGGGCGAGCGGCGCCGCCCUUUGCCCAGGUUUCUCGGCGCUUCACCAGCGACUCCGCCAGCAGCUUCCACAACUUGCUCGUGAUCGUCGAUCCUUCCGCCAGGGCAGCAGCAGCAGCUAGCAGACGGAUCGGAUGGCGUCGUCGUCGGUGCCGGCGCCGUCGGGGUCGGUGAUCACCGUGGCGUCGUCCUCGUCGUCGGCGGCCGCGGCGGCGGUCUGCGGCACCGGGUCGCCGUGCGCGGCGUGCAAGUUCCUGCGGCGCAAGUGCCAGCCGGACUGCGUGUUCGCGCCCUACUUCCCGCCGGACAACCCGCAGAAGUUCGUGCACGUGCACCGCGUCUUCGGCGCCAGCAACGUGACCAAGCUGCUGAACGAGCUCCACCCCUUCCAGCGCGAGGACGCCGUCAACUCGCUCGCCUACGAGGCCGACAUGCGCCUCCGCGACCCCGUCUACGGCUGCGUCGGGGUCAUCUCCAUCCUCCAGCACAACCUCCGCCAGCUCCAGCAGGACCUCGCCCGCGCCAAGUACGAGCUCUCCAAGUACCAGGCGGCGGCGGCGGCUUCCGCGUCGACGGGGCCGAACGGGCCGCAAGCCAUGGCAGAGUUCAUCGGCAGCGCCAUGCCCAACGGCGCGCACAACUUCAUCAACAUUGGCCACUCGCCCGCGCUCGGCUCCAUCGGAGGAGGCUCGCCCGCCAUCUUCGGGCAGGAGCAGUUCGCCAGCGCGCAGAUGCUGUCCAGGAGCUACGACGGCGAGCCCGUCGCGAGGCUGGGGAUCAACGGCGGCUACGAGUUCGGGUACUCGACCGCGAUGGGCGGCGCCGCCGGGCCUGUCUCUGGCCUCGGGAUGCUCGGCAUCAGCCCGUUCUUGAAGUCCGGCACCGCCGGCGGCGACGAGAAGCCCAGCGCCGGCCAGUAGGGCCGCGCGGAUCGAUCGAUCUUGUCAGGUUAUUGACGUGAAGGCAUGAAAAAAAAACUUGAAGAGUGCUGAAGACUAAGUGGAGUGCGAUGAUUAUCUUAGAUUUCCACCGUUAGGAUGGAUGGUCACUAUUGUCAGUCGAGUUUACAUGAAGAGUGCGUGCUUAUGUUGUUUAAUUGCUUGUUUGUCAAUUACCGCCUCCGUCUCCAUCCAUUCACAAGAUCUCCAACAUUUCAUGCGAGCAUGCAUCCACGACAGUGUGUUGUUGCUGUAGUACUAGUGUAGUGCAAGAAGAAACAUGCGAGCUGCUUGCAUUGUCCCGGGGGCUUCUACCACUCGGACGGCUAGCUCCCUUUUCCCUUCUUCACUACUGAAGUUUCUACUCCUCCAUGUCCAUGUAUCGCUAGAUUAUUGGGUCUACACUACUGAAGUUGACCUUGAGAAAGUGCAGCUUCUUGAGACCUGAUGGGUGUAUCUGAUCGGUACUGCUGCG